UGCAAACAUCGGCAUGCAUUAUGGGGUCGAUCGGAUUCUGGAAGCCCCAUCACGCCUUCACCCGCGACGAGGACGGCGACCGCGGCCACGCCCCUUUUUUCUGCCAGCGGAGUGCUGGAGCCAAGAGGGGUAGUCAACAGUGUGACACGAAGCAAAAGGACGCAAGCAACAUGCUGGAAGCUGCGGCUGCGUAAACAAAAAAUCGCGGAGCCGAUGCGGCGCCGGUUCCGAUGAGGAGCGCCGCAACGCGGGCGAGCGGGCGACGGCGGGGGCCGGCCGCCGUGGGCCAUCAGGAUAUAAUUAUAAUUCAACUGCAAAGGAUGGAAAAACGGGCACAACGUACUCAAGAAGGGGAGGACGGGGAGAGACAGGAGAGGAACGGGCGCGACGGGGCUGGAAGAGGGAGGACAAGCACGAAGGUAUAUAGCCCAGAGGCAGUGGGGAAGGGGGCAGCGGGAGGCGCGGCGCAAGCCGCGGGGGCUGUGGAGGGCCUCCCCACGGGCGCAGGCGCCUGGAGGACGACGACGGGGCCCUGGCGGGCUUCUGGCCGUCCGACUUCUCCUAAUUCGCCCCGUCGUCGUCAUUAUCCGCCUCGAGGGGGCGGAAGGCGUCCUCACGGGUGCAUGCACUUGGCGCACGACGACAAGGCCCUGGCGGGCUUCUUGCCGUCGGAGAUCUCCGAGUUUGCCUCGCUACCAACGGGAGCGUGGUCGAGGGCUUGAUGCGGUUGCCGCACACGGCGACGGCGGCCCAGAGCCCCACCACCAACCCGAAGUCCAUCAGCGGGCUCGGGGACUUGCUGGCGCCGCGGUCGGUGGGCCAAUGCCCCCGAGGGUGCCGAUGGGGCCGAGGAACCAACUAUGCCCAGAUCCAAACGAGGACUCUGGGAUCCUGGCGUUGCGCUGUUGCCACAACGAACGAUUCUGCCUCAUAUCGGGGCCCGGGGCAAUCACGGAUCGACCCGGCUCGAGAGAUGCGGCAGAGAGAUGGGGUUUAG